UUUAGAGGAAACUUAAAACAGCUUAUUAGGAAUCUCAAUUCCCAAAAGAACCACAUUAAAAAGCAUGGCAUUGUGGUAGAUGGCAAAAGAUACAGUGUCAAGUUCACAGUGACACUAGAUUACAAAGCACUGUGUCUUCUUCUGAACAAAAAAAAUAACGAAGACUUUGUUCUUGGUGGAAAAGGCUAUGGUUCCGAAUUUUGCAGCUUUUGUGAUGCCAUAAGGGUAAAUAUAAAUGUUUGAUAUCAUUAUAAUGUGAAAAUCACUGACUCCCAGUCCAGCUUUUAAAAUUCCUCAAAAAUGGGUUGAAAUGGUUUGAUUUUCUCUUUUUCUGCUCACAGAUUUUGUUGUUGCAGACUGUGGUGCUAUUUUUAAACUGUACAGCAUCCAGAAAGUUUUACUUUGCCAAAAUCCUGAUGGUGAUGAUGAUGAUGAUCACAUCAUCAUCAGUCCAUACAGUUUUGACAUAAGAAGUCUGCAACAACAUGAACAAAGUAUCUUUAUGUGUUGGACAUCUAAAGAAGAUGAUCUUAGUUAAGAGACAACCAGCCAUUAUGAUACAUGGCCAUAAGUAUUGAUGUAGGAUGCUGCAUUAGUGCUAUAGAAACUUAAAUCUUCCUUGUGCAAGCAUAGUACUAAUAAUAAUAAUUACCCGAACAAGAUUAACACUGUAUCGCAUUUGUCACAUUUCUAGAAAUAUUAUUAAAGCUGUUUCAUGUACAUUUGGUGUAGUCUUUUUUUCAACAUAACCAUGAAAUAUUUUCAAUAGCAUUUACUAGUGCAGCCACGCGUUAUCACCUGUAUACAACUUUAUGUGUGCAGAACAAGACGCUAGAGCUUCACAACUAUCCAUGUACUGUAAUUAUCUUUGUUUAUUAAAGGCAUGCACAUCCCAUGGAGCUGAUCCAGAUGAAGCUUGCGUAGACUGCUUACGAUCAAAAGCAAACAUUGGAAGGAGUUCAGGUCUUCGUGAUGACUUAAACUUUCUUCUGGAGGAAGAUUUAUGUAACAUAAAUCUCUGCUCCUUGCAUUGCGAAAUGCGAAAUUGUGAACAGCUUUUGGGUUCUCUUUGUUUGUUUGCGUAUCGCAUUGGAAGCCUUGAAAGGUUGAAUGAAGUCCUGUCUAAUUAUGGUCCUGAAAACUGUAGAGGAUUUCCACGCAUCACCAUUAAAGAAAGAAAAGGGCAGCAGACUGCAAUAGAAAAGCACAACAUACAAGUAGCGUCAUUCUCAGGAUCUACUGAAAGGGAAAUUCUGAAAAACUUUGAAGAGAUUGUGGAGACAUCCUUGCCACUCGAGAAACUGAAGGCAUAUUAUGAGGAAUGUGCUGGCUCAGCAAAGCAAGUGGUCUUGAGCUAUGUUACCUUCUUUGAGCAAAGGAAAUCAUUCAUAGCAGAUAUUCUUGAGAAUGGAGUAUUUAUGCGUGAUCAUGGGUCUAAACAGGAAAGAGUCAAUCUUGUAGACAAAACAGAACUUAAAUCAUUUCUGGAGGAGCAUAAAGAAUACUGGGCUAAUAAACUUGAAGAAGUGGAGGAAAAGUUCUUAGCACUAGAUCAAUGUCAAGGAACACUUCAGGGGCCAAAACAGAAAAAGAGGAAAAGAUCCGAGAAAAAGCCACAAGCAGAUGUCAGUGAUAACUUCUCCAAGCUUGCGGGAGAGCUUCAGAUUGAGUUCUUCAGCAAGGUAUGCUGUGAUUGGCGAGGAAUUGCUUUGACCAUGCGGGACAAAGUGUUUAAACCAGAAGAUGAAGAACUUAUAGACAUCCAUGACAUAAAGGUAUACUUUGUUUUUUUAAACCUUGACUUACAAAAUAUACUCAUUUACCAUAAAUAUAUCAAUGAUCGUUUUUUAUCUUGUUUGUGCUUUUUUCAGUGCAAAGAAUGGGGCUUCUUACUAAAGAAGUUAUUUGGCCAACACUUGGGCACUGGUGACUAUGGACAUCUUGUUGUGGACCACAGUGCGAUGCUUCUUAGACAUUUUCGUUCCAUGUACAAAUAUUCUGGUCAAGGAUUUGAGUCGUCACACAAGUUGCAUAGACAGCUAUAUUCCAAGGCUACCAAUCAUGAUUCCUCUGGACCAGGCCAAUCUUUGAAUCAAAUACUCACCCACUGGUAUGCAACCAUGCUUCUGUCCCUACGAUAUGCAUUCCAUCAAGCAAGCGACUGCAUUUAUUCAGGCAAGAAAAAGUUCUGCUACCGUGGGUGCGGGUGGAAGAGUAUUAGUACAAAAACAUGGUCGGAGGAGACAAAGAAAUGGAUACUAAUGAUGAAUGGCCUGUUCAACCAAAUGUUUGGCAGUGACUUUCUUUCGUACAGUUACAACAAAGACCAUGGAACCCAUGUGACCAAUGAUGUGAUAUCGAGGCUCCGUGAGUAUGAUCAUGUUUACUGGGAACGCGAAUAUGCCAAGCAUGUGUCAGACAGCAGGGAAAAUGAACGACCACUCCCAGAAGGCACCAAUGAUGACUUUUGUAUCCCAGGAGCUUAUCUGAAUACAGACUUACAGCCUAAUGCCCCUACAAAGUUAUCAAAGCACCCUCCAGCAGUUAAUCUUAGUACUUGCUUGCACAAUGGCAGCCCCACAGACAUAAGUCAGCCAACACCUAUGGACGUGAGUUUUGAAAUGAAACAAAGUGAGCAGACGCCCAUAAAUGUAAAGAAGGAUGACUCUGUGACGGAAGAGCGUUCCUUUGAUUCGGGGUCGGAUCUUCGUGUUGCUAUAGCUAAAGCUAAAACAAGAGCUGAAGAGGCAGCCCUAUUCACCUUGUUACCACCAGUGUCCAGAAGUUCAGCCUCGGUUCUGCAGCCAGUCUACGGUGAGAUGUCAGCUUCAGAUCCUUACACUCUAAAGGAACGCCCCUGUGAAAAUGUCAUUGAGAAGGCACAGAAGCUGCUUGUUGAUCAGAGAAGAAAAGGAAUGCAUCCAUCUGGUAUAAGCAUUGUUGGAACAGGGCAGUUUUCAGAAGAUGGCUUGUCCGUUCUAAGGAAGUUCUGCUCCCUGGCAGGUACUAAAUGGAAAGUAUCAUCUGAAGCAAAUUGGCUCUCCCAGUUGAAGUGCUCAGUGGCAGAUCUGGUCCUAAUUCAAGAUGCUCUAUGGCAUCAUUCAGCUACCACACCAAUAUUAAGAUUUGGAAGGAAAAGCAUCGAUGUCACCUCUUUUUCUGAACUAACAGGAGAGAGGUACAUCGAUAGCUUUGUCAUAGACAUCUGUAUUGGAAAGUAUUUGGAAGAAGCCAGAGAAAAUGGGAAUGAUGACACCCUGUACUUCCCUUCUGAAUUCUACGACUGGAUGAAGUCAAGUGACAGGAGUUUCAAGCGAACACGGGUUGCAGACGUAGCAUCUGACUUACUUUUGUUUGACAACUUACAGCAAAUAUUAGUACCAGUUCAUCUGCCAAACCACUGGGGCUUAAGUGUUGUUGAUGUGGCAAAUAUGGAGAUGUACUUUGACGAUGGCCUAGCGCGUGCUGCCCCUCCUACAGCACUUUCUUCAAUCAAAGAGCUGUUAGACUUGUUCUUUGAAAUGCAUCCAUCCCACCCUACCCUACAAACGAAGUUCUGGCAACAUUGCACACAUUUUAAACGUUUUGGAAUGCCAUCACAAGAACCAGUAGAUCCCAGAAUGAUUGGCACUGGAAGCUGUGGGAUUGGAGUCAUUAUGGCAGCAAACGAUUUUAUUUACAGAGGGUCUUCCUGCAUUAACAAGUUCCAGUGGAGAUUUAGCGAGAUGGACAUACACCGGAAAAACCUAAUGUUACAAAUUCUUAAUUGGAGAGUGUAGCUUUCUUUUACCCUCAGCAUUACUAAACUGUUGGUGGGUGUAGAGAAUCCAGUUUGAGCUAUUAUCUGAAAGCAGAAUGUAAAUUUUUCGUAAACGAACUUUAGUUCCAAUUCAACUGUUGUUAUCUGAGGGCAGAAUUUAAUUUUUUUCCUAUUACGAACAUGAAAUAAUUCUGCCU